GUUUCCGCUUGGCAACAGCGCUUUUUCCGCCUACCGACAGAUCUGUUGAUACUCUUUACCCCAAAGGAUUUUCAUUGAACCUGAUUUCCCCCCGCCCCCCGAUUUCAGACUUGAAAUUGAACGCAGCAUGAACACGGGAUUAAAAAGCUCCUGUUCUGUGCAGAUUGUGGUGACAGACAGGCGCAGAUCAGCGCAAUGCUGCGUCUGUUCGGAACAUUUCUGUAGAGCUUUCAACGUCUUAGAAGAUCUGAGGCUAAAAGCUAGCUGGAAUAAGCUGUCCCCGUCCAAGACGCACCGUUGGUGGGAGAAGUAACGAGAUGCUGGUAAAAAGUAACUGGUCAUGUCACGGUCCCUGCAGCGAGCUGAGAUUCUGUUCAGAAGUACUUUUAAUCCCAGUUUGAAGUGUCUGUUCCAUGUUCCGAGUCAAGAUGAAGAGGAGGAAAACCUUGUUGUGGCUCACAACCUUGUGUCGCGCUCCUCUGCACGUCUGCAGCGAAUGCAGCAGCAUCUUCUGGCGGUGGUGUUGCAGGGCCCACCGGUGGGAGGGGGCCAGAUGGGAUCCUUACCAGGGCAGUACAGAGCUCUGUGGAGGCUCUUUGAGCAGCGAUCUCUGCUGCUCUUCAUACAUGAAUACACCAGAAGGCUUCGUCUGUCAACAGCUUUCGUAUUCAGACUGAAACACUUGUUGCAGCAUCAGCUCAGGGAACUUCACUUAAUGCAAACUCAGGUCCUGCCUGGCUCACCUUCAUCCAGAAUCAGCCUUGUCUCUCUAAGUCAGGAAUUCCGACUUCAUCUGAACCACUGGAGUUUCUUCACCAGCCGAGUCCAUUCUGACCACUAUCUGAGACAGGCACUAGUUUCACACACCAAAAUGCUGGAGGAGAUGAAACAGACUCUAAACCUACUUGGUCUACAGCUUUUGUUCCUAAUGGAGCAAUGUGUAUAUGGUAUUCUGUCUGUUAUUGGGAAGACUGAAUUGGACUUGGUACCCAGAGAUGUUCUGGAGGACAUUUUAUCAGGAACAGACCUGUACAGUCAGGCUGUGGAGGAGCACAAAGUCCAGCUGAGGAUGUUGGUUUUGCAGGAGGCACAUAAAUCCAAAUUCUUUAGCAGUCUUCCAAAGUUUAUAAGACAGCGUGCUUCUGCUGUGUCAGUCAGAAGUCUAAUGAGUGUCUUAGCUGUCCAUCGGGCAGAAAUGAUUGCCAGACUACUGGACCUCUGGAUUUCUGAGGAGAGCUGUCAUGUUUGCAAGGUUCACUGCACUCACCAAACAUUCUGUGACGACUUCAGGAGUCCAGAGUCUGAAUGCAGUUGUAGCUUUCCCAAGUGGACCUGGGAACAACUGUGGCAGACAUAUCUGACUUCCUUUCCUCUUCUCGUCAGUAUUCAGCCUUCUGUGCAGAUGUUGUCACAGAAAUACUCCCCUAUUUACAGCCCUAAUCGCUCCUUGCAGAGUUCUGCUUUAGAAAUUCAACUCCCUGUGUUGGUGAAACUGUCUUCUUUCCAAAAUAAAGAAGAAAGCUCAAGAAAAACCAGAACCAGCCAGAGCCAAACAUGCAUACCUCAGUCUGGACUCACUCAGUUCAGUGCAGAGGCAGCUCAGUCUAACCUGGAAGGUUUAGGAAACUGUGACUGUCCUUCACCCUCUGUAGCCACCUCCCAUCAUGCCUCAGCCCUGCCUCCUCCUCAGCUGGACCAGUCCUCUGUAGAACCACUGUUUCAGGUCCUCAUGACCUCCACUGAGCUGUUGGCUCCACUGGCACUUCAAAGGCCAACAUCAGAAGAAGCUGCUGCUCAGCUCGUCUCGGUCUCAACUCCUGGUGUGGCUGCUUGGAAGGCUGGAUCAGUCGGUGUAACUGCAGCAGCUCAGUUCAAGAUGUUCAGCCAGCAGAACGUCGUUGGGACCAACACACAGGACUGGACCCGGGUCAAAACAACAUCGGGAGCAGAUGCUCCAGAAAGUUCUGGUGUUGUGAAGGAUGAGGACUUGAGGAGAGGUGGCAGAGAUGGAACAAGGUUAAGCACUGUGGAGCCAGAGUGUGUUGGUGGGCCUCAUUCUGUGCAGUGGAUGGACAUGGGUCGAUCAGUUCUCCUUGCUGAUCUUCUCCAACUCUAUCAGUCUCAGCUGUUGGUCUUCUGCACUAAUGCUCUGCGGCUUAAACUCCGCACAGCAGCAGCAGGAAACGCUGGAGGCAGCAUCAACCUUCAAGAUGAUCAUAGGAGCUUCCAGACCUUGCACAGUGUUACUCAUGCUUUAGAGACAGGUCUGUUUCCAAAGGCGUUCCGAACCAUACUGGAACACUUCAGGAUGUAUUUGUUUGUCCAGUCAGCACACGCCCACUGGGACUCUGUGGCAUGCAGAGGUUUGGGUUCAGCCCUGAAGGAUAAAUGUGUCAGAAAUGAGAGCAGCAGCUUUGCAGCAGCAACUUCAAACGAAGAGGGACGUGUCCUGAUAUCGCAGACAAUGGCACACUUCCUCCAGCUCCUCCCUCCACUGCUGUCGUCUCUGUGUUGUUGCCAGUCAAACAGCUCAAUGUGUGAAUCUUUUGGCCUCCUCCUGCCCAGCUGUGUACUGCAGAGAUGGACUGUUGGUUUGCUGUUUGCUUCGAUCCAAAUCUCUACAGUCUGGAUCAUGUCCAAAGCAAACCAGUUCCUUUCUUCAUGGAGUCCUAAUAAGUUCCUCCUUGUCACCCAGGGAGAUCUCAGAAUGUUGAUGGAGAGCCUGGAUAAGACAAUUGGUCAGACAAAGUCCCUACUCCUGAGUUCAGACUGUGACCAUCAUCCCACUCUGCAGAGCCACAGUCAGCAUCUACAGAGGCACCAACUGGAAGCUCUUGAUCGGGCUGCAUGUGAGCUGCAGGCGUUCUCUUCUAUGGUGCUGAGCAACUUCUCGACUGACUGUAAGCGGAUGUCUGGGAAGAUCUUUGAACGCACCAUGCCGUCUGCAGGAUACUGGAGGCCGAGCCAGAGGACGGUUUUUCCCAGGAAUCCCAGUGAAUAUGCAUCUCUGGCAGCUCAGACUGUGAUUGGCCAAGUUCUAGAGGCUGUUGCGCCAUUGUCAGAAGAUGCUCACGUCCAAGCACUAACUGUCACGAUGACGGCUUUCAUGGAGGCAUGGAUGGAGCACAUAUUAAGGCAGAAGAUCAAAUUCAGUCUGCAGGGGGCACUGCAGCUGAAGGAAGACUUUGAUUCUGUCAGGGAGAUGAUCAAGUCUGACAAGUACGACCUGUCAGCCGAACUUCACCAGAGACUCCUCAGCCUCAGUGUUUUUCAGCAGGUAGACUCGGCGCUUCUAUGUUUGCUGCAGCAGCCACAGGCCAAGCCGUACCUGCAGCGCCCAGCCUGGGAGUCGUUCACACGCUGCUGUCCAGUUAAAGGCAGCAGAGACAGCUUGGAUACUGCUGCUGUGGGCAGUAACAUAACCAACCUGGGCUGUGUGGAAGGUGAAGAGCUGACUCAGUCUGAUCAGACUGUCCACCCUCCAGUGGACACGUCACGCCCUGCAGAGCCUUACCUGGCUUUCAGUACGGUGUUGGGUGCGACCCACCAGGAGUGGUUGGACCUCCGGGUCCACAGCAGUACUCGUCGCUGGCGACUGCCUGGACUACAGUGUCUGUCCAAGAUGGAACCCUAAACAGAUCUUAGUCAGACUCAACAGACCGGCAUAAAAACCAUGGUUUUGUUUCUCUUUGUUCAAUAUUUGCAAAGUGUUCACCUGUUCGUAUCAUCAAAAAUUUAUUUGUAAAUAGAUUUUCUAUUGUCACACUAACUGCAUGUGUUUUUUGACGGUAGCUUUCAAUCUGAUGUAGCCCAGUAAUCCCAGCCUGUAAAUGGUUUUAAUGGAGUCAGUUUGAAGUUCUCCCUCCAGCAGAUGGAGUCCCGUUACUCAUGCUGCUAUAUGGCAGACUGGGAUUUGAAAAGAAAGCUCUGACAUUUGAUUGGGGAGGAAAAGAUGUUAAGAACUAAUCUUGUGGGACUCCUCACUUAUACAACUGUUAUCUAGCUUAAACAGUUGCUAAAAAAAAUGGAGACAGAGUCAGAAAUCCACUGGAGACAAGAAUAGACAUGGCAGUAGCUUUAAUGCAGCUGAAGGACUGACUCUUGUUUCUGUUUCUGCUGUGUGUUUUGUGAACCGGGGUUUCUUUGCAGGUGAUGUGUUUCUGUUGGUAUCUUCCGAUCAUGGCCUCAAGCAUACGCUGGAACUGCUUUGCACUUGUAGACGCAUCUCUGCUCCAACACACCUGAAUUGAGUUGCUACACCAGCAGCCAUCAGGCUAACGAGCAGUUCAUUUGAUUCAGGUGUGUUGGAGCAGGGAUGCAUCUACAAGUUGAAGGGUGGCAGAUCUCCUGUUCUCAGAAGGAAUUGGUGGUCAUCUUGUUUUGGCUCCUGGGUAACUGUUUGAUCAUUCCAGCUCUGUGGGCCUUUGUGUGCAAAUUUUAAAAUCAAUUUAACCGUUGAAAUGUGCUGACUUCAAGGGCUAUUUGGUAACAUCAUUGUUUUGUGAGAAGGUGCAGGUCUCAGCAGUAGCUGCUGAUGGAUUUCUAACAUGUACAGUGGGAGACUUGAGUAAUGUUUUUUUUUUUUAUUCCUGCCUUUUAAUAAAUACUUUUUACAAAUGG